AUUCCAUCUAUUACACAUUCGAAAAUCGACCUUAAACUUGAAAUUCAAGGUUCAUUUUCAAAUAAACUGAUAAUGUGAGGUCGUAUCCCCACUUGAUGAGGAAAAUAAGCCACAAUACGUUCCGAGAAGCAGUGUGGUGUGUGAAGUGACAAGAUGUACAAAUUCCUCUCAAUCCUGGUGCUCCUGGCAUCGUGCCUCGCUCAGGAUGAUGGGGGCGACCUGGAGUCCAUCAUCAAGCAGCUUCAGAACCAGAAUAAUGGCGCAACGCAAGCGCCGCAGACGCCGCAGUCGUCGACAUUAGUGCCGAGCAUAGUCAACAAUAACGCUGACGAUGGCGACAAGUCCUGUAUGACAGCAGACAACCAGAACGGCGAGUGUGUGCCGUACUACUUGUGCGGCGCUAACGAUACCAUCAUUAAUGAUGGCGUCGGGAUCAUAGACAUAAGGGUGAAGGAUGGCGAAUGCAAGUCCUACUUAGACACUUGCUGCCUGCCGCCGGACCGCAAGACUCCCGACAACCCCAUCACCCCCGCACCUCCUGCUAAGAAUCGAGAGGGCUGCGGCUGGCGCAACCCCGACGGUCUCGGGUUCCGCAUCACAGGCGCCGCCGACGGAGAGGCCAACUUCGGCGAGUUCCCCUGGAUGGUGGCCAUCCUCAAAAUAGAACCAGUAAACGAGAACGAACCAAACGGCCAGAAACUCAACGUGUACGUCGGAGGUGGCUCCCUCAUACACCCCAGCGUGGUACUAACAGCGGCCCACUACGUCUCCAACGGCAACCAGCUGCGAAUCCGCGCUGGCGAGUGGGACACGCAGACAAAGAACGAGCUGUAUCCGUACCAGGACCGAGAUGUUAAGGAAGUGGUGGUCCAUAAGGACUUUAACAAAGGCAACCUGUUCUACGACAUCGGCCUCCUCUUCCUGGCGUCCCCCGUCGACGCGGCGCCGAACAUAGGCGUCGCCUGCCUGCCGAGCCCGGGCGUGCGCGCCGUCGGCGGCAAGCGCUGUCUGGCCAGCGGGUGGGGCAAGGACCACUUCGGGAAGGAGGGCCGGUACCAGGUCAUACUUAAACGGGUGGAAGUCCCUGUAGUAGACCGCGCGCGCUGCCAGCAGGAGCUGCGCAAGACCCGCCUCGGCAAAUACUUCGAGCUGCACAGCUCCUUCAUGUGCGCGGGCGGCGAGGCCGGCGCCGACACGUGCAAGGGAGACGGCGGGUCGCCCCUCGUCUGUCCCUCUGAGUACGAGAAGGACCGGUACAUCCAGCACGGCAUCGUCGCGUGGGGCAUCGGCUGCGGCGACCAGACGCCGGCCGUGUACGUGGACGUCGGACACUUGCGGUCCUGGAUCGACGACAAGGUCCGCGGACACGGAUACGACGAGAAAGCUUACACUUACCUCGACUAGAGAUACUAUAGGGACCGUGCGCGUUGGAGGGUCUGCCAUCUUGUGGCCUGAAUCGGAAACAUAUGUGCACAUGUACAUUGGCAAAGCAAGUGCUACCAUCUACCGUACUCAUCGGUACGUUUCCUUGUGCAUAGUAGAUUCUGCCAUCUUGUGGGCUACAUCGGAAGCAUAAACGACAAACAUGUACGCCCCAUUCCUGGGGAGCUUUUUCAACGUGCGUUAAAAAAGCUUUUGAAUGACACAAAAUGGAUAACCAUGUAUGUAUUCACACGACAGCGGUGGCGCUUUUUAUCAAGCGUUGUUGGAUUUUCGACUUUAAGCCUUGGUCGUUAAAUCGAAUUUAGAGUGCAGACAGAUUCAAGCGCUUUUUUAACGCGCGUUGAAAAAGCUCCCGUGCGAAUGGGGGCUUACGCCUCGCGCCAAAAAUCUGACGGCUCCUAUGCGGCCUCCUAUAGUUCAUGCACGGAGCCUAUAAUGUCUUGAAGGCGGUUUGCGCUCACCGCCGCCUAUCGGCUAUAGUGGCAAAUGCAAGACCGAUGGAAUGGUAGACUUUCGUGCUUCGAUGUUCGCGGUUGGCCCUAAAACUAGACCUAUGAAAUUAAUGAUUUCGAUAAGUUCUACUUUUGUCUCAGAAACUUAAAUACUUUGUACAGUAAAAGUGCUAAAAAAUACUCAAUCGUGCAAUAAAUACAAUGGCAGUUUUAUUUUGUUUUAAUUUAAGCCAGUAAUAAAUAUUUUUCAAUUUUA